ACUACGGCUCCCAAGGUGCACCGGGCGCGCACGCGCGGGCUCAUUUCCAACUCCCCCGCCCCUCUCCCCGUCUGUGAUAAACAGUGCCGCCGAGGCGCCUGCUCUCGUGGCGGAGCGCUCAGUUCUGAGCGAGAAUCGGCGGCGAGCGGGAGGGCCCUCAGGGCGGGCGGUACCACCGAGAGAGAGAGAUCGAGGCGCGGGCAAAGCCGCCGCUCGGGCCGCGCCACCUUCGGGCGAGGACCGGGGGAGAUCGCCGCGCGGGUCCGAUCGCCGGCGGGUGAUGUGGCGGCGCUGAGGGCGGCCGGAGACCCGGAGCGUCGCCAUCAUGGCGGAGCCGGCGGGGAGCCCCUCAGCGGCGGAGUCUCCCUCGGUGGCGGCGGCUUUGGACCCGGAGUUCCCCCCUCAGAGCCGGCCGCGCUCUUGCACUUGGCCGCUGCCCCGGCCGGAGCUGGCGGCGGCCGACACGGAGCCCGGGACAGCGCCCGGCAGCGGGCUGGGGAGCCCUGAGGAGCCGGCCGGGGUGGCGACGGCCGGGGCGGCAGCGGCCGCGGCGCCGGGAGGCGGCGGUGGGUCCGGCGGAGCGCGGAAGAGCGCCGGCGGCGGGUCCGGCGGCGGGGCGCGUCGCAACGCCUGGGGCAGCCAGUCUUACGCGGACCUCAUCAGCCAAGCCAUCGAGAGCGCCCCGGACAAGCGCCUGACGCUGGCGCAGAUCUACGAGUGGAUGGUCCGCUCCGUGCCUUACUUCCGCGACAAGGGCGACAGCAACAGCUCCGCCGGAUGGAAGAACUCCAUCCGACACAACCUCUCCCUGCAUAGCAAGUUCAUUAAAGUGCACAACGAGGCUACAGGGAAGAGCUCUUGGUGGAUGCUGAAUCCAGAAGGCGGCAAGAGUGGAAAGGCCCCACGGAGGAGAGCGGCCUCCAUGGACAACAGCAGCAAGCUGGUCAAGCCCAGAGGAAAAGCCCCCAGGAAGAAGGCAGCCAUGCCAGUGGCCCCGGAAUCUACUGCCGACAGCCCAGGCUCCCAGUACUCCAAGUGGCCUGGCAGCCCUUCUUCCAGAAGCAACGAGGACUCAGAUGUGUGGACCAGCAUCCGGCCUCGGACCAGCUCCAAUGCCAGCACCAUCAGUGCAAGGCUUUCCCCCAUCCUAACUGAGCCAGAUGACCUUGGAGACGAGGCGCUCCUUCCAUCCCUUGUCUACUCCAGCGCAUCUAGCAGUGUCCCACCCACAGUGACAGAGGAGCUGGAACUCAUUGACGGCCUGAAUCUGAUGUCAUCAAGCUCAUCCUUGCUGUCAACUCAGCAGCCUUCUCCAGGCGGUCUGGCACAGAGGAAUCCCAGUUUCUCCUUGCGAAGCCAGAGCUCAGCUGCUCAGGCGUCGUCAUUUGGCAGCUCCCUCUUCAACCCUGUUGAUAUCUCUCUGCACAGCUCUGCCAGCCACUUCUCUGGCCCACAGACCCUGGAAGCCCUCCUGACAUCCAACUCACCACCACCCAGUGAUGUGAUGAUGACACAGGUAGAUCCGAUCCUCCCGCAGAGCGGAGGCAGGUUGAACAGCCAGACUUUUCUGCUUCUGGGGGAGCAGUCCUCCAAAAACAGGAUGAGGCCAGUUAACCCAUUAAGAAAGCUUCCGGAGCAGCAGCUGGAGUCGGUUGGCACUGCUUCCUUGCCGACUGCAUUUUCAAUGGCAUCUCCUCAGAAUACAGUCAGCCUGUCAGCUUUGAAGGCACCGGGCUCCACACAGCCUGCCCAGGCGGUCCAGCUGGGCACCCAGCCAUUUCUGUCUGCAGCUACAUUUGCCCCCUGUGGAGGCAAUCAGGACAGAUUGCCCAAUGAUUUGGACGAUAUGUACAUGGAAAACCUUGAAUGUGAUGUGGAUUACAUAAUCAACACUGACCUCAUGGAUGGAGAAGGACUGGACUUCAAUUUUGAACCCAUUCCAUCUGCUCCCAGCUAUCCCAACACGUCACAGGCCUCCAACCAUACCUGGGUACCCAGUUAACUUCAGGAUUGUCAAAGUGCCCUUCUGGUCCUGGAGUUAUUGCACUCCCAGAGGAGUCUGGAAUGCAAGGAGCACCUGGUGUCCGUCUUACUGUUCUGCAAACCAGCUGGAAGCAAGGGCGAAGCAAAUGGCACUGGAAGAGAGAGAGAUCCUGUUAAGUGCCACAUCUUUUCCUGAGCCUACUGUUAAGCCCUGCAAGCCCCAUCCAGGAGCCUGAGAAGAGGCCCAGGAAGUGCUCCACCCAUGGCCAAAGUCACUUCCUGCCCUUCAUAAGCAUUCUCCGGAUUGAUGGGGUUUUGGCCUGGCCGCGAUAGGUCAGAGAGCUGUCUGAAGGGGGAGGGCAUUGAGCUGGCAUCACCCCUCCAGCUGAUCUCAGCCUCAACUCCCCUUUGACUUGACACCCUGUGGAUGGGGUGAGAAGAUGGUCUGUGAAUCAUGUGGCUGUCUGAGUUGAGAAGUCCCUCCCCUCUUGAGCACUUCCCUUGUUCCUUUUCUGAUGGGAGCAGGUGGUGGUGGUGGACGAGGAGGAGGCGGCUGAGGGAAGUAAAGUUGCCCUGUUUGGGGUGGUGGUGGUGGGAAGCUGUAGAACUCAUUAUUGACUGUGCACCUGGCCUACAGGUGCCUUCUGGAAGUUUAAGGCCCGGUCUGACCUUGUGAAGCCCUCAGCUAUGUGUUCUUGGGCAGCACUUCCCUGAAACAAUGGCUCCCCCAAAGCAGGCAAGCAGGUGCUAAAAGCUGUUGCUAAGAAACCAAAAUGACUUCUCUUUGGGUUCGUUUCUGGGCUGUUUUGUGUUGCAGCUGAGAAAUGGAAAACCCAUAUCUGGCCUUAACCAGAGCCCUGAUCUGCAUUUUCCCUUUUUCUAGUCCAGAAGGGCAUUUUUCUACAGAUGAACUAUUUUGGAGGUUGCUUUUUCUUCUCCUCCCCCUGACAUGGGCAGAAGGCAGGGCUUUCUGUGGCAGCCUUCAAACUGUAUUAUUUGUGUCUCUGUUUUAUGAGUGCCUUUCCUUCCCUCAGAGAUGGCGCUACUGGCAGUAGCUGUUGCUUUUCAAAACUGCAUCAAGAACAAUGUGGCAACUCCUUGGGUGCAUUUGCUGGGGGGUGGGAAUGGGAAUGGGGAGAGAAGGGCACGGAAGCAGCUUUGUUCUUUGGAACUGGGGCAGGUGGUGGAGUUGCACGUUAUAGAUAAUUACCUGCAAAGCUAGCAGCAGAUUAAAUAGAAGCUUUUGUAAACCUUGGUGCGGGGUUGGGAAGAACUGUCUAUAUUUUAAUGCAGAAUCCUAUGAUGUUAUUGGCUAAAAGUGCAGCCUGUUUUCUUGCAGCUUUACGCCUUUUGAUACCAGACAGAACACUAAAGCACACAAGGCCCAGGGAUGGGUCUGAAGAUGGGAUUAUGGGACAGCUAACCUGCUGGGGGGAGGAUGGGGAGGGGUCCUCCUUUCAACCUUGUGCUUUUCAGUAGCUAAUUAUGAAUUGCCAGCAGGACAUGUUGGGGUCCUCUAAGCCCUAGAAUAGCUGGGUCACAGCUGCCACUGCGGAUGCCUUUUGAGCCCUUGCCCACUUUGUGCAGAGCCCUGGCAGAGCGGUGGCUGGCUCAGGCCCACCUCUGCUGAGCAACUGUGACGGCCUUGGGUGGGUUGCCUGCUGUGAGCUUUCGCUGUUAAGCUUGGGAGGCAGAACAAAUAAAAUAACACCUAGGAUUCUGAGGGUUGGGGGACCACUUUAUUGCCAUGAGAAAAGUACCUUGAGGAACCAGGGAAACUCUAGAGGAGAUCUGGUAGCUCCUUGGAUAGAUGGGAGAAUUAAGGGUGUCAGAAAUGGGGACUGGGUGGAUUCCUGUCUGGUAUGGGCCCGCUCAGGAAAGGGGCGAUAUUUGCAGGCUAUUCUUUCUGCCCUGGGGAUGUUAAGUUUGGAGUCUCACUUGAGCUACUGUAGGCAGGUGGGAGCAGGUGAGGUUUCAGCCCCCUGAAGCACUCUCAGGAAGGGCAAACAGCACAAGCCUUCUCUUCAGCCACUUACU